ACUCUGCACCCAAAUUAAAGUGAAUCCCCAAAUUUCUUCUGCAAUUUCACUUCUCACCCUUCUCAACCUCUAGGGUUUCUGUUUCUCCUCAUCCCAAAUCUCAUCAAUCUUUCUUCAGUCUUUUCACCAUAAGAAUCAACCCUUUUGGUCUCAUCAUCACCAGACAUGCACCACACCCAAAACCCACAUAAAAAUCACACCUUUAUACCAACCCUAAUCCCCAUAUAACCUUUAGAUGCACAAUCAUCAUGGAUCCGAAUGCUGUGGUGUUGGAAAUCAGCUCCGAUGAAGAGGGUGCGUGGGAUGAUCAUGUGGAUAAAGGCAUCAUUAACGGCACCGAAGAUUAUAACUGGAUAGCGGAUAUUCUUGACGAGGUUAAUCGAGGUGAUUGCCGGUACGAUGAUGGAGGCGAUGAUUCCGAUGAAGUGGUCUUGGUUGGUGAAGUUUUGCCCAAGAAACCUAGGAAGAAAUUGGCGGUAAAGUCGUCUGCUUUAGUUCAGUUUGAUGAUGACUGCGUGGUUCUUGAUCAUGACCCGGAUAAGCCUCCGGAGGCCCGAAGGGAUGACCCGACUGAUCGGGUUGAGGACGAUGAGGAUGAUGAUGAUGAUAUUGUUGUUGUUAGCGAAAAGGGGCAGGUGGCAUGUCGAGAUUAUCCCCAUUCAAGACACCUUUGUAUCAAAUUUCCCUUCUCCUCUACACCAAAACAAACUCACUGUGAUCAGUGCUACUGCUAUGUUUGUGAUUCACUCGCUCCAUGUAUCUAUUGGGGCAAUGGUAGUGGCGGUAUCGAUCAUUGUCUCGCCACUGAUAAAAGUGACUUCUGGAAAGUCGAGCGACAAAAUUCCAAGAAUGUUGGUAAAGAUACCGGUGUUCCACCUUUGAACCCGGUCCCGGUCCCGGCUCCUCAAACUCCUUCCAUCGACCACAAUCAGACCCUGGUGCCAAAUCCUAUUCGGGCUUGCCCUGUAACAUCUAGUUAUGUAGUUCCGAACAUUGUUAACCAGGAUCGAAGCUCGUUUUUAUCAUCUAGGAACAAGUAUCAACCCGGUUUAGUCUCCCAACAGUUGACCCGAGCAAGUAGCUGCACCAUUCCAGGAAGUAGGGUGCACCAUAAUUAUGACCUAGCUACCCCGCUUCACAGGCCCGUAUUCAAACGAACGGCUUCGGAUGUGUUUGCUUUUGCUCCAACAGCAAACCAAUAUUCAUAUAGCUCGUAUUAUAGAGGGAAUUACAGAAACACUUUUACGUCUGCUUCACAGCCAAACAUCGUCAACACUCCGGUUACAUUUUCUCCAAGGUCAAACACCCCGUUUGACUUAUCACCAAAUUUCCAACCAAGUAUGGACCCACGUGUUGAGCCCCCGGUUUUGUUUCAACCCAACCCAAUUCCGUUAUCUUCUCAAGCUCAAGGGAAUUCUUCUCUACCACAAUAUACAGUUCCUUCUGAAGCCUCACGGCAAGAAAGUCAACGGUCAGCAGUUGACCCGAAGUUUUUUCAAGGAAUUAGUUGGCCUCAAAGUCAGAUAAACCAGCAACAGCAACCGCAACCUGAUGCUCAAAGCUCGUUACUUGACGGUGUGGGUGCGGUUGGUGCGACCAACCAGCCCCCUCUUGCGAGUGGUUCUGGAGGUGCAGUCGAUUAUGAGUUUGAUAAUUGGAUGUUUAACCCGCAGCCCUGUGAAGCGGGGUCCAUGGGCAGUUCGGGACAGUUUGGGUUGAGUGAGUUUUCUCCUGACCCAGGCUUUAUGGAUUCAGCCCAGGAUAGUCUAGUGUUGGGACCAUUGAUCUGUUCGUUAACAUGUUUAUAAUGAUCGAGACCAGCUUGAGAUCAUGCCUUAAACUGAGACCCAAGACGGCAAGACCUGUAUCCUGUUUUUGAGGCCAGGAAUGGACUGAUACUUUAUCAAAGUCUGGUCGGGAUCAAGUCUUGCGUUAGGCCGAAUACAACUUGGGACCGUACAUUUUUGCUUUUUUUUAUUAGAUUGUAAAAUAUUAUUAUUUCAUUCGAGUAUUCUAAACUUGGAGCCCGGAUACUGUUAUCUAAGUGAGGCAAUCGUCUUAGGUUAGCCAUAGUAGACAGGUGACGGGUUAAAAUUGUUAAACGUGGACACUUCUCAGUAAAUUUAUGUGUCGACUGUGCACUUAAAAGAUAAAUCAAGCAAUAGGUUGAGAAGUUGUUGCAGGUUG